UCUGGUUAUUUGCAACACUCGCUUCUCGAUUAUGGUUACCUUAAGGAGCGUGGUGUUGCUGUUGGCAGCAUUCUCAGCCGAAGUUGCCGGUUGGGGCGACAUCGGCCACAUUGUUACCUGCACUAUCGCACAGUCUCUUUUCAAGGCACCGACUCAGAGCGCAGUCACAAACUUGCUUUCCGUGACUAGCCUCAACUUCUCGCACGCCUGCUUAUGGCCAGAUCAAGUUAAACGUUCGUAUGCUUAUAGCUGGAGCGCUCCUCUCCAUUUUGCAGACACACCCGACAACGUUUGUGGAUUCGAUGAUGAAAGGGAUUGUCACUACUUUGGAGCUAAAAACGUGUGCAUAACUGCUGCUAUCUACAACUACACUUCGCAGCUCGAGCAUCAGCACAACGUCACCUAUAAUCUCACAGAAGCACUUAUGUUCUUAGCUCAUUUCUUGGGGGACAUUCAUCAGCCAAUGCAUUUGGGAUUCCUUGGCGAUCUCGGUGGCAACACUAUACUUCUGACUUGGUACAACCGCUCCAGCAAUCUUCAUCGGGUGUGGGACUCAGAUAUCAUCAACAAGGCUCUGGAAAGAUUUUAUGCGGGUUCCAUUGCAAGCAUGGAACAUGAUAUCAAGAAAAACAUCACUGCAGAGGAGGCUGCAAAGUGGGGACACUGUCCUGGUGAAGAGUUUACCUGUCCAGUAAGGUAUGCGAAGGAGAGCAUCAAAUUUGCUUGCGCUUCGGGUUACAAGGAUGCACCUCAAAACUCUACAUUGGCUGAUGCGUAUUUCGAGACGCGUUGGCCAAUUGUGAAACUGUUGCUUGCACGAGCUGGUGUUCGUCUCGCUAAUACUCUCAAUAAGGUGUUAGACAAACGCGUGAACAUUGUCCAUGAGUAAGGAACUUAUCUCUUGAAUUAAAGGUUUCAU